AUGUCCGACAAAGAAGGCGCCGCUCCUCCUACCGAGCACCUUAACAUUAAGGUGACCGAUAACAACAACGAAGUUUUCUUCAAGAUCAAGCGCACAACGCAGCUGAAGAAGCUUAUGGAUGCCUUCUGCGAGCGCCAAGGAAAGCAAAUUUCCACUGUUCGGUUCCUAUUUGACGGCACCCGAGUUCGCCCUGAGGAUUCUCCGGAGACUCUCGACAUGGCUGAUGGAGAUACCUUGGAGGUUCACCAGGAGCAGAUCGGUGGCUGCUAG